AUGGCUUCCUCAUCCUCGUCUUCUUUGGCCCUCCCUGCCAUGAUGGCUUCGGUGGUGGUAUCGGCAGUGGCCAAUACCAUCAUUCGACGAAUCGCUUUGGUUCCCAUGCAGAAGUUCCCUUACUUCCUCACGCAGCUUCAAACUCUGACCUAUGUGUUCUUCUACAGCUCCAUGUUGUACCUGCGCUUUCGGGAAGGAACUGUCACGUGGCAAAUGAUGCAGAUCCGCAAAUCGCCGUUUCUGUACAUUGGACUGUGGGAUUCACUGGGGGAUAUGCUGGGCAAUGUGGGCACCAGUCAACUGCCUGGAUAUCAAGUGCCCUUGCUGGCAAAGCUCAACAUUGUCUUUACGGCAGUCUUCUCCGCUCUACUGCUUGGCAAGCGUUAUUCGGGGCCUCAAAUUGCCGCCAUGACGGUCGUGCUCUGUGGGAGUGUGGUGACUCUGAUCCCUACCAUCUUUGCUUCCAGUACUGCUGGUAGUACUAGUGAAUCCACUUCCUCCUUUUCGGACCUCUUUUACGCCGGAGUCUACGUGGCAUCCGUGGCGCCCACGGCGCUAGCAUUUGUUCUCAAAGAACAAGUCUUUCGAGAAAACCAACAUUUGAAUUUGGAUAUCUUUGUGGUCAACACCUUUGGAUCCAUCGUGGGGUUGGUGUUCACCAUUGCUCUAUUGCCCUUGGCGGCAGUGCCUGGAUUGGGAAAGAUUCAGUUGCACGAGUUACCAUCCUACAUGAAACACGGAGCUGCUUGUUUUGCCGGGCACUCUCCCGUGGAAGACUAUGAUUGUACAGGAGCUCCUCUGGCCCCGCUGCUCUAUUUUGCCAUCAAUUUGACCUACAAUAUUUGCUUUUUGAAUCUCAUCAAGCAUGGAGGAGCGCUACUUACCUUUAUCACCAACACUGUCACCUUUCCCUUGUCGACAAUCCUCUUUACCCUUUCCUGGCCCCUGCUGGGAUCUUCCACGUUGAACAGUUACAUUAUUUUUGGCUUAUGUGUCGAGCUGACGGGGGUUGUACUCUACCAAAGAGCCUCCUCGGCGGUCGUAAAGCAACAAAAGGAGGUCGACAAUCCACAGGAACCAAUACCCGCAGGGGAUGUGUCGUCUCUCCUGGGCAGAAGCAACCAGGGGAACUAUGGUUCUGUUGUGGAAUGUGGUGAAGAGUCCGCUAACGACUAUCUGGAAGCGGAACCACCAUUGUGCUACAACCGAUGCUUACGAGAGAGUAUUGGGUCGAGCUGCUGUAAUAAAGAGGAGCUUUGCAAGUGUUUACUGUCACCCAAGUGCAAUUGUGGUUGA